ACACACAGACCAUUUAAUUCUGUGGACAAAAGUGGCAGCAGAGGAACCAGUCAGAAGCUUUUGAAAUAGUGCAGGCAAAGAUGAUGGCGGCUUGGAAAAAGGUAGUAGCUUUGGAGGUGAUGAGAAGCUCAGGCUCUGAAAAUAUUGUGAAGAGACAAGUGAUGAAGUCUGAUGGAAUGAAUGUGAGGAAUGAGAAAAAGAGGAGAGUUAAUUCCAAGAUUUAGUAGAAUGUGUUGCCAGAUGGGGAAGAUAGGGAAAGAACAGAGAUAGGGUUGAAAUCAGGAGUUCAUUUUGGACACUAAGUUUGAAAUGCUGAGUAGACAUCUAAGCGUUGCUUGGGCAUUUAGGGUUCAGGCAUCAAGAUUUCAGAGAAGAGGAAAUUAAAUAUAAAAACAAACCCUACUUUAAUGGCCAUUAGUCUCAAUUCUACUCUCAGACAUCUUGGGCAAAAAUGAGGGGAAUGAAAUAGAGUUCCACAUGAAAAGCUAAUUAAACUGCUGCCUUGUGAUUUUCCAUAAUUGUGAUAUGGCCUUUAAUUAGCUGGCUCUGCAGAGCACCGGGCACUGGGAAACCCACAAGGCAAAUUACUGCUGUGCACAUCUUGGGACGCAUGUCCUCACAUCUGAACAGCUCAGAGUCCUGAAGCACAUAAUUACCCUCUGAGAAAGCUUUCCAGGAUGAAUAGCAUUUGGGAAAGUUGGGAAGUUGGAGAACUGGAUUUUCAAUCCAAAAGAUACAAUGGAAAGAGUGAUCAGAAGAUCUGGCUUGGAGUCCUGGGCUCUUUACAUAAGGACCUGAUGAUACGGGACAAGUCAUCUAAUAACCAUCCAUCCAUCCACCCACCUGCCUCUCAUCUGAAUAGACUAUCUCCAGGGUAGUUUCCUUUUUCUUGAAUCACUAGCAUCUCUACACCAUAUGGUACUUAUUGCCCAAGUGUGACAACAGAGGAAACCACCUGGAACACAGAAAUCCAUAGAGCACAAAAGAAUGAAGACGGCUUCUUGCUCUGUCACCAGGCUGGAGUGCUGUGGCGCGAUCUCAGCUCACUGCAACCUCUGACUCCCUGUUUCAAGAGAUUCUCCUGCCUCAGCCUCCUGAGUAGCUGGGAUUACAGGCACGCACCACCACAUCCAGACUUUCUGCCGGGAGAGCGGCCCGGACGCGCCAGGUCUGGAGCAGGAGGCCGCGCCGAGGGCGGGUCCCCAGAAGCCUGCAGGUGAGUAUCGGUUCUCCCCUCCCCGGCUUUCGGUCCGGAGGAGGCGGGAGCAGCUUCCCUGCUCUGAUCCUAUCGCGGGCGGCGCAGGGCCGGCUUGGCCUUCCGUGGGACGGGGAGGGGGGCGGGAUGUGUCACCCAAAUACCAGUGGGGACGGUCGGUGGUGGAACCAGCCGGGCAGGUCGGGCAGAGUAUAAGAGCCGGAGGGAGCGGCCGGGCGGCAGACGCCUGCAGACCAUCCCAGACGCCGGAGCCCAAGCCCCACCGAGUCCCCGCGCCUCAUCCGCCCGCGCCUCAUCCGCCCGCGUCCGGUUCGCGUUCCUCCGCCCCACCAUGGCUCGGGGCCCCGGCCUCGCGCCGCCACCGCUGCGGCUGCCGCUGCUGCUGCUGGUGCUGGCGGCGGUGACCGGCCACACGGCCGCGCAGGACAACUGCACGUGUCCCACCAACAAGAUGACCGUGUGCAGCCCCGACGGCCCCGGCGGCCGCUGCCAGUGCCGCGUGCUGGGCUCGGGCGUGGCGGUCGACUGCUCCACGCUGACCUCCAAGUGUCUGCUGCUCAAGGCGCGCAUGAGCGCCCCCAAGAACGCCCGCACGCUGGUGCGGCCGAGUGAGCACGCGCUCGUGGACAACGAUGGCCUCUACGACCCCGACUGCGACCCCGAGGGCCGCUUCAAGGCGCGCCAGUGCAACCAGACGUCGGUGUGCUGGUGCGUGAACUCGGUGGGCGUGCGCCGCACGGACAAGGGCGACCUGAGCCUGCGCUGCGAUGAGCUGGUGCGCACCCACCACAUCCUCAUUGACCUGCGCCACCGCCCCACCGCCGGCGCCUUCAACCACUCGGACCUGGACGCCGAGCUGAGGCGGCUCUUCCGCGAGCGCUAUCGGCUGCACCCGAAGUUCGUGGCGGCCGUGCACUACGAGCAGCCCACCAUCCAGAUCGAGCUGCGGCAGAACACGUCGCAGAAGGCCGCCGGUGACGUGGAUAUCGGCGAUGCCGCCUACUACUUCGAGAGGGACGUCAAGGGAGAGUCUCUAUUCCAGGGCCGCGGCGGCCUGGACUUGCGCGUGCGCGGAGAACCCCUGCAGGUGGAGCGCACGCUCAUCUAUUACCUGGACGAGAUCCCCCCGAAGUUCUCCAUGAAGCGCCUCACCGCCGGCCUCAUCGCCGUCAUCGUGGUGGUCGUGGUGGCCCUCGUCGCCGGCAUGGCCGUCCUGGUGAUCACCAACCGGAGAAAGUCGGGGAAGUACAAGAAGGUGGAGAUCAAGGAACUGGGGGAGUUGAGAAAGGAACCGAGUUUGUAGGUACCCGGCGGGGCAGGGGAUGGGGUGGGGUACCGGAUUUCAGUAUCGUCCCAGACCCAAGUGAGUCACGCUUCCUGAUUCCUCGGCGCAAAGGAGACGUUUAUCCUUUCAAAUUCCUGCCUUCCCCCUGUCUUUUGCGCACACACCAGGUUUAAUAGAUCCUGGCCUCAGGGUCGCCUUUCUUUCUCACUUCUGUCUUGAAGGAAGCAUUUCUAAAAUGUAUCCCCUUUCGGUCCAACAACAAGAAACCUGACUGGGGCAGUGAAAGUAAGGGGAUGGCACAGCGUUGUGUGUAAAAAACAAGUAUCUGUAUGACAACCCGGGAUCGUUUGCAAGUAACUGAAUCCAUUGCGACAUUGUGAAGGCUUAAAUGAGUUUAGAUGGGAAAUAGCGUUGUUAUCGCCUUGGGUUUAAAUUAUUUGAUGAGUUCCACUUGUAUCAUGGCCUACCCCAGGAGAAGAGGAGUUUGUUAAUUGGGCCUAUGUAGUAGCCUCAUUUACCAUCGUUUGUAUUACUGACCACAUGUGCUUGUCACCGGGAAAGAAGCCUGUUUCAGCUGCCUGAACGCAGUUUAGAUGUCUUUGAGGACAGACACUGCCCGGAAACUCAGUCUAUUUAUUCUUCAACUUGCCCUUACUACCACUGAUAUUGGUAAUGUUCUUUUUUUGUAAAAUGUUUGUACAUAUGUUGUCUUUGAUAAUGUUGCUGUGAUUUUUUUUAAUAAAACAUGAAUUUAAUAAAAUAUGGGAAAGGCACAAAUCAAAA